AUGUCGGAACACAGUCAUCCGAUAAUCGUGACUACGGUUACAUCUGAUAGUGAUGACGACGACGAUAGUGAAUAUUACAGACCUUCGACUGUAAGGAAACCAAGCAAAACGAAAACGGUAGAUUCCAGUGAUGAUGAUGAUGAUGAAUAUUUGAGUGAGAGUUCUUCAGAUGAGGAGGAGGAUGAUCAAUUGGAAGAGGAUGACGAUCAUGUUGAAGACGACAAAGAGGAUUCUUGGGUUCCUGUGCAACAUCAUGUCAGCCAGAAUUCCGAUAUGUCCAGUGUAUCUGAUAUAUCUGACGAUGAGGGUGAUGAAGCCCAUAGUAGUAGGAGUAGUAGCAGUAGUUCCGAGACUUCGCUAGAACCCUCCGAUACAGAAAGCAACCUUUCCGAACAACAAUUGUAUGUGGAAUCACGAUCGUCAGAUGACGACGAAGAGGAUGCCUUUCAUUUGCCCGACGACGAUGACUACAGGUUUCCUGGUCAAGAAGACGGAGCUAGUUUUGCAGAUGACAUGUUGAAUUCGAGAGAAAUGAAUUUGGUCUCGACCGAAAUGUUGGCACCCUUGGAGCCACCCAUUGCCACGGAGGAAAAAAAGAAAAUGGCCAAGGAACCCCUUGUCUUUGCCUCGGACAUGUUGGCACGAGGUGUGGCCGCUGCCCCCAACGAGGAUUAUGAGGAGAAUGAGGAAGAUGUGGAAUCCACAAAACAACAGGCGCCACUGGAAAGUCCUUAUGCGCAAGUGAGAAAAAGAGCCAACAUGGAAAAUAUGGUGGAUAGCGAACCACCUAUCGUUGAUGGCAACAAACUUCCGCCACGACAGAGAGAAGAAGAAGACGAGGAAGAAAGGAAGCGAAAUGAAUUCAUGCAAUGGAGACGGACAGGUGUACCAGAGUAUAUUUAUUUUGAGUUUGGCAAAGAUGAUUGUCCCACGGAUGAUGAAGAUGAAUCGAAAUCAAAAGAGAAGAAGAAGAAGCAACAACAACAGCAACAGCAACCGACUCGACGACGGCUGAAUCCACCACCGCCACCUCCAAAACCAAUCGUAGGAGGAGUACCAGUCAAAGCAAUACCUGUAGGACCAAAGAAUAACUCUCGAAUGCCUGCGAACGCCAGAGAUGUGACUGAAAACAAUAACCCCAAGGAGGAAAAAAAAGUGCAAGGAUUCUACAAAAAGUACCGAAUACGAGCAUCCAAAUCAGGCAGCAACAAAACACCCCGUCCAACUGACGCAGAAAAGGCAAACAAACGAUCACAACGAUCGCUUUCUCCUGUUCCCAACACUCGUCUAGGAGGAAAGCAGCAGUCCUUUCGAAAGUCGGAAAAGACUGAGACGGAAGAGAGCGCGAAUGGAGGAGACAAUGAGAAACCAGCGACACGUUCCUCCCAACGAAGUACCUCCAAACGAAUUUCUCAAUUCAAAAAGGGAGGUGCCAAGAAACUACAGAGUCUACGGAAAAUACUUGGAUCCGGCGACAAGACGGAAAAGAACAAUGACCCUAUACCGACCCGAAGUGCCCAUAGCGAACCAAAACCUGAACCAGUCAAGGCCGUCCCGGUCAAACGAGGAAGAUCUCGUCGCCAGAGUAGUGACGAUAAAAAUCCAAGGCUGACCAGUACCAGUCGGGACAAGUCCGUUGAUGAGAAUCCCUAUACCAAUAAUGACAACACCCCUGGAACAACAACAACUGGACGCAAAGGAAGGAGGGGGAAACGCACGGUGCCGUCUCCAAUCCCCCCUCACAAGACAGUCAGCUCGGCCACUGGACGAGUUCAAUCUCCUAGGGUGCCAUUUCGCAAACAACCCUCGUUGAAAUCACUGAAUGGAACUGAAACAGUGCCAUUGGGACCCGAUAUUAUGGGCAGCGUGACACCCAACACCACCCCCAAGCCAUCGGUGCGGGUCAAGGCGGUGAAUGAUCUGCCGCCGUCACCCAUGAUCAAUAAUCGGAAAGGACGGCGAACUGGGACAAUGCCAGCGCAGCGAAGAUGA